GUGUGAACUGCAAACACCUGAAAGUGUCCCGCAUGCGCAGUAGAGGGCGCAAUAAGGUCAUACAUAGUGCUCAGUUCUUGCCAACCGCCAUUAAAAAAAAGUAGAAGAAGAACUCAGUGUUUGCGGAAGUAAACAUGGAUGCUAACGGUGUAACAUAUCUUACGAUUUUGAAGUUGUUAUCCAACCGGAGCAACAACUUAAUCCUCGUUAUCUUCCGCCAUGGUUGUUGUUUUUCUUCCCGCUUGCGUAUCAGGGCGCAGAAUAGUGACGUUUGUCGAGUAUCAAUGACGUUCCGGUCGGCUCAACGCGACAUGUCUGUACAGACUCCGGCUGUAUUUGAAAAGAUCGGAUGCGUAUCGGAUAUCCAAGUGGCCUGGGUCGCAUUCGAAAAAAUCCGAUCUGUGUUGUUCAUAGUGUCAUAAAACGAUCAGAUACAGGUCGCAGUAAGAAAAAUAUCGGAAUAAUUGGGUCACUUCCGGCCGCAGAGUGACCGCAGCCGUUUCCUCUGCAGGGCUACAGCAGCAGCAGAGAGUACAUCGCCACGCAGGAUCCUCUGCCCAACACAGUUGUUGAUUUCUGGCGGAUGAUUUGGGAACAAAAAGUGAAGACAGUUGUCAUGGUUACCAACCACAUCGAAGCAGGACUGACCAAAUGUGCACAGUACUGGCCUGAAGACAUGAAGCAGAGACAGUAUGGAGACGUGUUGGUCUCUGUAACAUCUGAACUGAAGGAGCAAAACUGGACGCUGAGGCAGUUUACCGUCAAACAGAAAAGAAGCUCAGAGGAACGAUCAGUCAAACAUUUCCACUUCACUGUCUGGCCUGAUCGCGGCGUCCCUCAGGGCACAGAGGUCCUGAUCCAGUUCAGAAGGAUUGUGAGGCAGGACAUAGAGAGUGACGGAUCAGAGUCACCAACCGUGGUUCACUGCAGUGAUGGAGUGGGAAGAACGGGAACUUUCAUCGCUCUGGACUUCCUGCUGCAGCAGCUGGAGAAACAACAAGCUGUCGGCAUCAAGGACUUUUUACACAGGAUGAGGCGACAUCGGUCACACAUGGUGCAGACGGAGUCGCAGUACAUUUUCCUGCACCAGUGCAUCAUGGGCAGCCUGCAGCGAUGCGCGACCCAGGAUGAACACGUUUAUGAGAACGAUGACACGUACGCAAACACCAUCUAUCUUAAAGAAAUUAUUUAACACAAAACUAGUUUCAUUCCUGGAAUAACUGUAGAUAAUGGCAAACCAACUCUGUGGAUAGAUUAAAGGUGGAUGGAUUGAUAAAAAUAUUGAUAAUAUCAAUACCAAGUCGGUAUUGAUAUUGGAUAGAUAUUAACUUUGGUUUCACAUUUUCUGUUGAGAUUUAUUUUAGUUUUGUAUUUUUUAUCUCUACCUUAAAAGAAGAUGUUGUGAGAUUUGCUCUGAAAUGUUUUUUGCACUUUAUUUAGGAAAAAACAUACUCAAUUUUUUUUUUUUCAGUUUAUUGUGUUGAUGUUAAAGUAUUUUGUAGACGCCUAUCAACUUUUUCCAAAUUCUGUCUUAGCUUUUAACAAAAUAAUUCAAAGAAAAAACUACAAAACAGUUUUGUUUUGUGACUUCUGAUUGGUCAGAAGUUUAUUAUAACAAACUUAAAUAGUAAAAAGUAUCGGUAUUGGUAUCGGUAUUGGUGAUACUAGUUGUGCUAUCGGAUCGAUACCAAAAUAUGUAGCAUUGCACACCUCUAGUCAAGAUGUGAUUGUUUUAUACUGAAUGUUUAAUAAAUGUUGUACUGUAAAAAAAAAUCUUGUGAAAUUGUACAUUUCCUUCCUCCCAAGUUUAAUAAUUAUGGAGCCAAUUUAGGAAAAUUCCUCCUCAGGUGGCCAAAAAAAAAAAAGACUUAAAUUUGAUCAAAAAUCUCGAAAUAUUAAUGUAAGAAACGUCACUCAGUACAAUAAAACUCAGUUCAGUGUAAAAGUGAUUUUAUAUUCAAAUUACCAAGCAAUAAACUUCAGAGUCUCCAAGGGCCAAAAUACAAUGAAAUAUUAUCUUUAACACACAAGAACAAUGCUUUAGCUCCUUGACCAGCAUAAAAAUGUGACAUUUAAUUGACGUAAAUGUCAGAACAUUAACCAAGCUAAUACAAAAUAAGUAAAACAGAACAUUAAAGCAAAACUAACCACAGACUUACUCUCAGUACAGUAUUAGAUUUGACAGGAAAUCAAAACCACAGCUUGAAAACAUCACAGAGGCUCAGCGGGGAAGUGGUGCAGCCUUGGGUGUUUGUAGGUUUUAUGCCACUGGUGAAGAAGAAGUGAUUCCAGCUGUGGAGGUCUGGAGAGGAAGAGCAGGAGCGGACCCUAGUGGUUGAUGGAUGUAUAACUUCAAUGUUAUUUACAUUUCACAAGAUGUAGUCAUCACAUUUAGGCUGCGUUCACACAGCAGACUGAAUUCACCUAAUACCAAUUUCGUCCUUAAUGCGACUUGAAUCUAAUCUUUUUACAACCGUCUGAACAACAGAGAUCGGAUUUCCCCCCCGAAUAUGACACAGGCCAAUUGGACAUCCGAUACAUAUCCGAGCUUCUCAAAUAUGGCCCAAGUCUGUACAGUUGGGUCCCAUUCAUCACCCGGGACGUCAUUGAUACUCGACAAACGUCACUAUUCUGCGUCCUGAUAUGCGCAAGAGGGAAGAAAGACAACAACCAUGGCGGACGGUAACGAGGAGAAAGUUGUGCUCAGUGUUCUGGUUCCGGUUGGACAACAACUUCAAAAUCGUAAGCUAUGCUACACCGUUAGCAUCCAUGUUCACUUCCGCAAACACUCAGUGAGCACGCUCUCUAUUUGUUACGUUAUUGCGCCCUCUGCUGCACAUGUGGGACACUUUCUGGUCGUUUGCAGUUCACCCUGGAGAUCUCAUACAAGUCACUUAUGGAAGUGUGAACGACCACAAUAAAAUAAAAUAAAUCCGAUUUGACAAAAAGUCGGAAUUGGGUCACUUCCGGCUGCAGUGUGAACGCAGCCCCAGAAAUGUUUUUUUAGAAUAUGUGCAUAUCUGUAUCAUUUUGAUCACUGUUUUUAGGUUUCAGCCAUUGUCAGAUAGGUUGUUUCUUUGUGCUAAAAUGUAUUUUCUCGUGUCCAAAUUUGCUCUUGAAUAUUCUCAGUAUUGGUUUUGUAGCACAAUAAAAUGUAGCAAAAU